AUGUCUGUCCGCUCGCUGCCGGGCCGCGCCAUGGCGGCUGCCUACGACUACGUGGUGCUGGGCGGCGGGUCGGGCGGGCUGGCCAGCGCGCGGCGGGCGGCCGAGCUCGGGGCCCGCGUGGCCGUGGUGGAGGCUCACCGCCUGGGCGGCACCUGCGUGAACGUUGGAUGUGUACCAAAAAAGGUAAUGUGGAACACAGCUGUCCACUUUGAAUUCAUCCAUGAUCAUGCAGACUAUGGGUAUGAAAUGCCAGAUGUGAAAUUUAAUUGGCGAAUAAUUAAAGAAAAACGUGAUGCCUAUGUGAGCCGCCUGAAUGAGAUCUAUCAAAAUAAUUUAAACAAGGGUCACAUAGAAACGAUUCGUGGCUAUGGAACUUUUACAUCUGAUCCAGAGCCUACAGUUGAAGUUGGUGGUAAAAAGUACACUGCUCCCCACAUUCUUAUAGCUACAGGUGGGCGACCGGCAGUUCCCCGUGAAAGUGAAAUUCCUGGUGCCAGUUUGGGAAUCACCAGCGAUGGUUUUUUUGACCUUGAAGAGUUGCCCAGGCGCAGCGUUAUUGUUGGUGCUGGGUACAUUGCUGUGGAGAUUGCUGGAAUCCUUUCUACACUGGGCUCGGAGUCAUCCCUACUGAUCCGUCAUGACAAGGUACUGAGAACUUUUGACUCCAUGAUCAGUUCAAACUGCACACAAGAACUGGAAAAUGUUGGCAUAAACAUCUGGAAGAAUUCACUGGUCAAAUCGGUCACAAAAUCCCCUUCAGGUUUGCUGGAGGUAAAAGUGAUGUCCUCAGUUCCUGGUCAAAAACCCACUUUUGGCACGAUUAAGGAUGUUGACUGUCUUUUAUGGGCCAUUGGACGAGACCCAAAUACUGAAAAGCUUUGUCUAGAUGAAAUGGGUGUUCAAAUAGAUGCUAGAGGCCACAUUAUAGUUGAUGAGUUCCAGAACACCAGCAGGAAAGGGAUUUACGCCCUCGGGGAUGUCUGUGGAAAAGCUCUUCUUACACCAGUUGCAAUAGCAGCUGGAAGAAAAUUGGCUCAUCGACUUUUUGAAGGCAAGAAGGAUUCCAAGCUUGACUACAGCAACAUUCCUACUGUGGUUUUCAGUCAUCCACCCAUUGGAACGGUGGGUCUCACAGAAGGUGAUCUACCAAUCGGAAGUGGGCAGAGAUAAUGCACCUUCUUGCCAUCUGGGUGUGAGAAUGCUGGGCAUUCAUCCUGGGGAGUCCACCACAACCAAACUAAGUGCAUUGCCUCCAAAAUAGCUGCUCAGAGGCACAACUGUGAUUGGCACCAGUACCAGGUCAAGGACAAAGUUCUGAUGGUGAGGUAUAACAAGGUUCAAGAUGCCAUUUGGAUGUCAGGUGCUUGGAAGGUGGCUGGUGCCUACAAGGAGCUGUCAUGGAUUCUUGUGGGAGACAACUCAGCAGAGCUCUGUUAUGUUGCUGACUCUGGAGCCAGCCCUGAGGCUACUGGGGAGUUGGAGAGCUCUGACCCGAAAGAGUGGGAAGACCCUGCAGUCCUUGCCUCCAUCACAGCAAAGAAGCAGGCACAGAAGAAAUAGAGUUGUUCCUUCUUUUGGGAUCACUCACGGGUGGUCUUACCACCCAUCUGUAUGUGAAACUUCCUAUGCCACUGAUGUCAAACAGCAUGGCAGAUCAUCCUUUUGAUUUCACACCAGACCAGGACCUCAACAUCAUGCCCCUCUUUUCCCUCAUCAUCAUAGCCAGCAAUUUUUUCCAGAUUCCUGUUGACUAUACCACCUCUACUCAUGCCAACUGUCCUACCACCAUUACUGACAAAUCCCCCUACAGCCAUCUGCGACCAGCCAGUCCUCUUCCUCCCAGCACCCAGGACCAAAUCACCUGGCAAUGUGGACGUGAUGGACAGCCCCCUGACUGCCUGGUAAGUUUCAGUGGUUUAGUAUGCAACAGUCCUGGUCUCUUUCCAUACGCACCCUCCCCAUGGAUCCCUUGCAUCAUAAGGCUACCUGCAGAAUGAGGGGUCCAUAUUAUAACUUAUAGUCUCUCCUGCUGU